UAUUCCCCCCCACCACCACUCACCCAACACAUUCUUUCUUCCCAUUUCUUCCUACGCUACUAUACUCUCUCUCUCUCUCUAACUUCACCUUUUCCGAUUCAUGGCCGAUCUCGACUCCAACCCCGCCGAUUCCCUCGCCUCCACCCCACGCUCCGACCACCACAACCUCCACGAUGACGCCCCGCAGCCACGCGUCCGCUUCAUGUGCAGUUUCGGCGGCAAAAUCCUCCCCCGCCCCCACGACAACCAGCUCCGCUACUUCGGCGGCGACACUCGCAUCGUCGCCAUCCACCGCCACACCACCUUCGCCGCUCUCCUCUCCAAGCUCUCCAAGCUUUCCGGUAUAACCAACAUAAGCAUAAAGUACCAGCUCCCCAACGAGGACCUCGACGCGCUGAUAACCGUCACCGCCGACGAGGACGUCGAGAACAUGAUGGAGGAGUACGAUCGCCUGAGCCAGAGCCAGAAAUCGGCUCGCCUCCGCCUCUUCCUAUUCCCGAUCGACGACAACCUCAACGACUCCAGAGCCUCCAGCAUCAACUCGCUCCUCGACGGCUCCGCCAAGCGCGAGAGCUGGUUCGUCGACGUUCUCAACGGCGGACCCACCGCCGGUUCGGUUCUCGAGCGCGGCCGCUCCGAGGUCUCCUCGAUCGUCUCCGAAGUGCCGGAUUACUUAUUCGGGUUGGAUAAUUCCGACGAUGCGUUGAAAGAGGGCAGCACCAAACUCAGGAACAAAAACCUCCCAAACGACAACGUUUCGAUGUCGGAUCCGGGCUCACCCGCCCCGGUCGUCUCAUCUCCAUUCUGCUCCACAUCCUCGUCCCUGGCCCCACCCAACUUACAAAUGAUUCCGGAUCUUCCGCCCGUGAAAACCCGACCCGUUAACCCGGUCCAGGCUGCAGAGCAUAUAAAGGAGAGUGAAAUGCUGCACGAUAAAAUGGCCUCUCAACCAACCGGGUAUUCGGGUGGACCCGUUUGGCACUACCCGAACCCGCAGGUGCAGCCCAUGCCCGCGGUGUAUUACAUGCCCGGCAGUCACGUGCAGGCCGCCAACGCCUCCGUUCCACAGGUUCCGAUCCGGGCACAGUUUCUGCAGUCGUACCCGGUUCCAUCGGGUCAAGUACCCAUGGGAUAUCCGGGCAUGAAUCACGUGUAUGGAGCGGGUGUGAGGCCGUAUGAAGUGCCCACCCGUUUCAUCACUGAUAAUUCGGGUCAGCCGGUUUAUUAUAACGGGCCGCCGAGGAACAUGGCCGUUGUUCCGGGUUCUUAUCCGGGUAUGGGUGUGCCCGGAGGGGAAGAGGCACAGGCACCCGGCCCGGACAUGAUGUCGGGUCGGAUCUCCCAAGGAUCAUGAAAUAUAGGUCUAAAAUCAGGUAACCUAUAAUGAUUUGCAAAAUGGGGAAGGGAAUUCAAAUGUUUAUGUUUAUUUGAUGAUACUCAUUUUUGUUAUGGUGGGACAUAAGAAUGUUUUAUAUCUUUGGUUUGGGUUGUGGUUAAUAUGUGGAUAGGAUUUUGUUGCUCAUAAUUCAAUUUGCUGUUGGAUCAAAUUGUAUAGACAAUAAUUCAGAUGCCAAAGAACUAAAUAUAGAUUCUUUUUUGGGUGAA